AUGAGAGCCAUGUGCUUGCACUUGCUCCCCCCUCCGCCCUCGCCACCUCUCGCAGGCGGGUCCCGCCGGGGCUCACUCAGCGGUGGUGGGGUGCGUGGCCAUGUACACAAGCACCACGCUCAGCAGCACGACCACAGCCAGUGUGGCAGCACUGCCGUGCUGAUCUGCUGCUGGGCCUCCUGCAUGGCCUGCUUCCGCUCCUUCUUGUCCUUGGACGUCUCCUUCUUGGGCUUCUCUUUGAGCUGCUACAUCUUGCCUUGGCGGGGGACGCUAGGACGAUGGGGUCGAGGAUUUGGUCUUUUGGGUUCCAUUUUUGGAAAAGAUGGUGUAUUAAACCAGCCAAACAGUGUCUUUGGACUUAUAUUUUAUAUACUACAAUUAUUACUUGGCCUGACGGCGAGCGCAGUGGCGGCUUUGAUCCUCAUGACGUCCUCCAUCGUGUCUGUCGUGGGCUCUUUGUACCUGGCUUAUAUUCUGUACUUUGUGCUCAAGGAGUUUUGCCUCAUUUGCUUCAUCACAUACGUGCUGAACUUCCUCCUCCUCAUCGUCAACUACAAACGACUAGUUUACUUGAAUGAGGCUUGGAAACGGCAGCUGCAGCCCAAGCAGGACUGAUGACCCACGGACUCCUGGUGAACAGUCUCUCCAGUUCCUUUUCCAUUACUUUGCAGCAGGUUUUUGAUUUUUUGUUUUGUUUUUAUUCUUCACAACAGACACUCUUCCCCAAGAAUCUCCAAAUGAUUUUUUUAAAUCUUGUAAAUUAGAAGGGGUCCUAGCUAUUUUUGUGUCAAUCUUCAGUUAAAUAUGGAUACAAAACAAAAAUAAGGAUAUGCCAAGCCAAUCAAAGACAAGCUUUAACUUUAUUUUGAAGACAUUUCUGAAAUAAUAAAAUGUCGCCCAGCCCACCCUGCCCCAACUGUCACGUGAGCAACCAUUGAUAGUAAUUCUCUAAUGUGUAUAAAUUCAAUUUCAGGUAUGACUAAUGUGAUCAUGACAAACUAUUUUAGAAUAGAUACUGUAUUAAAUAUUGCCAUGUUUACAACAUGUAAAAUGUUUUUAGCCGAUGGAUUUAAACAUAUAGAUUAUUUGUGAAUAAAGGUAGAACUAUCGGAUCCACCCCUGCAGGACUUACUGUACCCGGGUCAGUUGCAGGUACAGCAGUGGAGAACCGCAGCCCAAUGCUGACUGGUGAACGAGUGGCACUAGGACGCUCAUCCAGGUAGCAUCUCAUGAGAAGGUCCAGCAGCCGUGGGUGGAGCAUCAACAGCAGGAAUCCCAGGGUGGCUGGUUCUCUUUCAUCUUCCUCCUCAGAAAGGAAGAGACGCCCAUUUGGAUGUUCAAGCCUCAAGCUUGUGCCUAGUCCUAAAACUGGACCUAUUGUAACCUUCCACAAGAAGUCAUCUGUGACCAGACUGCCAGUUCUUGGCCUUGAGGACACUAAGGAGGAAAAGUGAGUAGAUUUCUUCUGAGAAAAGCUGGAGAUAUUAAUGUGGCGUUUUUGAAAUCCAAUGUCUUAUUCCAGCCGUUGAAUUCUGACGCAGAUCUGUUUCCGUAAUAUUGGUGCCAGUCAACCAGCAAGACAGUAUUAUGAUGGCUGUGAUGUGACCGGAACACGCCCAGUCGCUCCGUAGUAGAAUGGUCUCUUUGGUAGAUGGAUAGUUGUUAUUUUUAUUUUGUCCCCUGGUGGUUUCAUUCUGCACUAAGUAGUUGAGCUAGUUUAGAACCAGACACUAGACCUGUCAGC